AUGUCAGAAACUAUUUCGAGGUUGCUUAUUAUCACAGCCGGUACACUUUAUCCGGCGUACAGAAGUUAUAAGGCAGUCCGAACAAAAGACACACGAGAGUACGUAAAAUGGAUGAUGUACUGGAUAGUAUUUGCAAUUUACUCAUUUCUUGAAAACCUUCUCGACUUGGUGUUGGCAUUCUGGUUCCCGUUCUACUUCCAACUCAAAAUAGUCUUCAUAUUCUGGCUAUUGAGUCCAUGGACGAAAGGAGCUUCCAUUUUGUAUAGAAAGUGGGUGCAUCCAACACUAAACCGUCACGAAAAGGAUAUUGAUGCACUUUUGGAAUCAGCGAAAUCGGAGUCCUAUAACCAGCUGAUGCGAAUCGGAAGUCAAAGUUUGGUGUAUGCGAAGGAAGUGGUGGCAGAAGCCGCCGUUCGGGGACAACAACAACUUGUGAAUCAGUUGCAGAGAUCCUACAGUGCCAACGACGUCGGCUCGGAACGUGAGGUUCUCUCCAAAAGAAUAGACGUUAUGAAGAUUGAGGAGCUCGACGAAAACAGCGACUCAGAACUCCAAAAUGUCCAGAAGUCGCCACGUCCCCGUCGUCGAACCGGAUCUCGUUCUCGCUCAAGAUCCAGGACAAUUGAAACGACAACGGUGGGAGACAGUGAGUAUGCUGCCACGAUUCCUAGAAGAACUGCAAGGAAGCCUAUUCAUUAA